AUGACCGGCUGCAGAGCCCGCUCCCUGGCAUGGGUUGGGCAGUUGUGGGAAUACGAGACACCAAAAGUGAUUGUGGUGAAGAAUCGUCAGCUGGGGACCAUCUACAGAUUGCUGCAACUGCUCAUCAUUCUCUACUUUGCAUGGUAUGUGUUUGUGGUACAGAAGGGUUAUCAGGCAAGGGAGAUCGGACCAGAAAGUGCUGUAAUUACAAAGGUCAAAGGGGUAUCCUUAUCCAAAGCCCCCAGAGGAGCCAAAAAAAUCUGGGAUGUGGCUGAUUAUGUGACACCUCCGGAGGGAGGCAGCAUCUUCACCAUUAUUACCCGGACAGAAAGUACCAAGCUGCAGACCCUGGGAACCUGCCCUGAGAGUAGGGCUGUAAAGAAUGCAUUGUGCCUGUACGACAGUGACUGUACACCAGGAGUCAUGCAUUUACUGGGCAAUGGGGAGCAGACAGGACGCUGUGUUAACGCUUCACGUGGUUCACUAAAGAUCUGCGAGAUAUUUGCCUGGUGUCCUCUGGAAGACGAAUAUGUGACCAGUGAAUCGUUGCAGCAGUUUGUCCCAAACUUUACCAUCUUAAUCAAGAAUAAUAUCCACUUCCCUCAGUUUGGAUUUUCCAAAGGGAACAUGGAUGAGCAAAAUUUCCAGAAGAACUGUACCUAUCACCCAUCAUUGUCCCCAUUUUGUCCCAUUUUUACUGUGGGCUUCAUCGUAAGGGAAGCAGGAGCCAACUUCACCGACAUGGCAUAUAAGGGAGGAAUUAUUGGGGUGAUCAUAAACUGGAACUGUAACCUGGAUUUGCACCCGUCUAAAUGCCAACCUCAAUAUUCUUUCCGACGACUCGACCUGUCCAGUGGGUACAACUACAGGUUUGCCAAAUAUUACAACAGAGAAGGCAAUCAGACUCGCGUCCUCAUUAAAGUGUAUGGGAUUCGUAUUGAUGUCAUUGUGCAUGGACAGGCUGGAAAGUUCAGUCUUAUACCCACCAUAAUUAACUUAGCCACUGCCUUGACAUCUAUAGGGGUGGGAUCCGUAUUCUGUGACUGGAUACUACUGACAUUUAUGAACAAGAACCACAUGUACAGCAUCCGGAAAUAUGAUGAGGUCUGGAAAUUGCAAGAGACAAGCCCAGAGAGUUUAACUGCAGUCAGCUCCCCACAGGAUUCAACCUUUGCCUCAGAAUCUCCUUGCACCAUAGAGGACACGUUAUACAAGGAUAGAAGUCCUACAGGUGACAGUACAGACUUAACUGAGAAAAUGGAGCUGGAAGAAACAGGGGACUCAGGGACCCAACAUACAAGCUGAUGCUUCAUACAGGGACAGACUAUAAAAUAGACAUUUUCAUAUCAAACUGAGAAGUAGUUUUGCACCAAAAGGGGGGGAAAGAAACAGAUCAAAAGUGUUAAAGAAGAGGAGGAUGGAGUGAAGCAGACUGGGCAAAGUUACAAGAAGAAAGAUUAUUAACAGUGGGUUGAAAAUGGUCCCUUCCCUACCUGAUUAUCUGGCUAUUUUCUUUUCCAUUAGAUCCACUCCAUCAUUGCCUGUGUCUUGCUCAACCCAUCUUUUGAUCUCUGUCCUUUCCUUUUAUUAGAUGGCCGCAAUAAAUGUUUAUCAUACUAGGUCUUCUAUUUGCAGCCAUCUCUAGACAUCUGUCCUUGCCCAUCAUGCCUGGUCACAUUCUGUUGUGUAGCCACACACAACCUCUGCUUUCUAUCCAAUCUUUCUGAUGUCUUGUCCUUCCUGCUUGCAACCAGUCUACCAGCUUCUCAACAUUCUGUCUUUCCUUGCUUUCUCAUUUUUUUCUGUUGUUGCUAUUCAUCUUGUUUUUUCCUUUUUCAUCUCGUGUUAUCUAUGGUCGUUACAGUCCUAAAGGGACAUAGUGCAAAACAAAAA